AGCAGCAGGAGCCGGGCUGGCAGCUGCGUCCCGGGGAGCGAGGCCGCUGCCGCCGCCUGCGCCCGGACCCAUGCGCCCCGCUCCGCCUCCGCCGAGUUCGCCUGUCGGAUGCCGCCCUGGAGGGGGACAGAGCCAUCAUGGAGAGCGAUGAUGGAGGCCGCACUGCAUGUCCACAUGUGCCUUUGGCUGAUCCCGGCCUGGAUCCCUUUGCUGUUGCCAAAUGGAUUUGCCUGUGGAGCAAAAGUGCCGCGUGGGGCCGAGCCCUGCCGGGCAGCCCAGUGCCGUGGGGAGCUGACGUGGGCGGUGCAUUUGACGGUGCCAGAGGGGUCCCCUUCCUCUGAGGAGGAGCUGGACUGGCGGGCGGAAGAACUGGCCAAGGAGGCCGGCCUCGUGAACAUUGGCCGGAUCGGGGAGCUCAGAGGCCACUACCUCUUUGGCUACCAGCUGGCAAGCCCAGCGGGCCUCAGCCUGGAGGCCAUCCAGCGGUCAGCGGAGGCGGUCUUUGCACAGCACGACAGCGUGAGGUGGCACGCCGAGCAGCGGUUUCUGAAACGCUCCAAGCGCAGCUUGCACUUUAACGACCCCAAGUUCCCGCAGCAGUGGCACUUGAACAACCGCAAGAGCCCUGGGAUGGACAUCAAUGUGACGGGCGUCUGGGAAAGGAAUGUCACCGGCCAGGGCGUGACGGUGGUUGUGGUGGAUGACGGGGUGGAGCACACCAUCAAAGACAUCCAGCCCAACUAUAGCCCUGAAGGCAGCUAUGACUUGAACUCCAACGACCCAGACCCCAUGCCCCACCCGGACGAGGAAAACGGCAACCAUCAUGGGACCCGUUGUGCUGGGGAGAUCGCAGCCGUCUCCAACAACAGCUUCUGUGCUGUGGGAGUUGCCUAUGGCAGCCGGAUUGCAGGGAUCCGAGUGCUGGACGGGCCUCUCACUGACAGCAUGGAGGCUGUGGCUUUCAACAAGCACUAUCAAAUCAACGACAUCUACAGCUGCAGCUGGGGCCCCGAUGACGACGGCAAAACCGUGGAUGGUCCUCACCAGCUUGGGAAGGCCGCUUUGCAGCAUGGGGUGAUGGCCGGCCGCCAGGGCUUUGGCAGUAUCUUUGUGGUGGCCAGUGGGAACGGAGGGCAGCACAAUGACAAUUGCAACUAUGAUGGCUACGCCAACUCCAUCUACACCGUCACCAUCGGUGCAGUGGAUGAGAUGGGGUACAUGCCCUUUUACGCUGAGGAGUGCGCCUCCAUGCUGGCUGUGACUUUCAGCGGGGGGGACAAGAUGAUGAGGAGCAUUGCAACUACAGACUGGGAUUUGCAGAGGGGCACCGGGUGCACGGAGGGGCACACCGGCACCUCUGCUGCAGCCCCCCUGGCUGCUGGCAUGAUCGCGCUGAUGCUGCAGGUGCGCCCCUGUCUCACCUGGCGGGACAUCCAGCACAUCAUCGUCUUCACAGCCACCAAGUAUGAAGACAACCGGGCCAGCUGGGAUGUCAACCAGGCCGGCCUCAGCCACAGUCACCAGCACGGGUUUGGCUUGCUGAACGCUUGGAGGCUGGUCAACGCGGCCAAGAUCUGGGAGUCGGUCCCUUACCUGGCCUCCUACGUCAGUCCCAUCUUGAAGGAGAGCAAAACCAUCCCCAUGGCGCCACAGCAGCUGGAGGUCACCUGGAACGUCACAGAAGCUGACCUGGAGCUCUCAGGGAUGAGGACCCUGGAGCACGUGGCUGUGACUGUCACCAUCACCCACCCCCGGCGUGGCAACCUGGACAUCCGCCUCCUCUGUCCCAGCGGCAUGAAGUCUUGGAUCGGGACGCCGCGCAGCAUGGACUCGGAUCCCAGUGGCUUUGCGGACUGGACCUUCUCCACCGUGCGCUGCUGGGGUGAGGAAGCGCAGGGCACCUACCGCCUCUUGAUCCGGGAUGUUGGGGAUGAGACCCUGGGGGCUGGUGUGCUGAAGCACUGGCAGCUGACUCUGUACGGAUCCUCGUGGGCCCUUGCCGAGAUCAAGGAGCGACAGAGGCUGGUUGAAGAGGCCAUGAGUGGGCGAUACCUGGACAGCGAUUUUUCCUUGCCCUGCCCACCAGGCCUGCAGAUCCCUGAGCAGGAGCCUUACACCAUCACCACCAACACCCUCAAGACCCUGAUGCUGCUGGGCUGCUUUGCUGUCUUCUGGACCUUCUAUUACAUGCUGGAGGUGUUCCUGAUGCGCCACAGCGUGACCUUUGACCUGGCCGCCUGCGGCAACGCCAUGGCCUGCCCUUGGUCCUCGGAAGGCAGGACAGCCAAGAGCCUGGAGGAUGGGCUAGAGAUGGAGGAGACUGUCCCCCUGUAUGGAGGGAAGGAGCUGGAGACGGAGCAGCAGCCAUCCUGCCUGGGGGUGGAGGAGGAAGCAAGAGUGGCAGGCGGAGCUGCGGGCACCCCAAGACCAUCGGCAGGGAGAGGCUUGCUGAACCUCCCGGAGCAAGAGCAGGCUACCUCACCCGGGGUUUACUGACUGCUGGCAGAGAGCCCUGGACACGCAAACUGAACCAGCGCUUGCCCUGGGUUUGGCACACAGGGAGGAAGUCCGACCAACGGAAGCAUCUCUCUGCGGGUAGCCCUGCUUGCCCCUAACCCUGGCCCCUUCUUGCAUUUGGGGGCCACCGCCUGUGCCAUGGGAUUGCCAGGGUGCCUGUGGCUGGCACAGAGGCUGAGCCUUGCCCGGGGGUGGGCAGCCUUAUUCAGUGUCUGUGGUGAGGACGGAGGAAUGCUCCUCCUAUCCUGGGGCUGAGAUCUGGGGGUGUGCCAGGGGGGUGGGGUGCAAAGGAAGCCUGCCCCUGCAGUGCCCCACAAACUUUGCUGAAAGGAGCCUGUGGGCUCUCACCAACUCGCUGCCUUAUCUUGCUGCCAAGUGGUGCAGCAGACCCUGGGCUGGCCGGUGCCCCCCACCUGCCAGCCUUCUCACACUGUCCCAGUGCCCCCCCCCCCGCAUCGCCUGCCUUGCUGCUGACGAAUGGCAAAGAGGAGCAGCUUUCGGGGGGCUUCCUCCACCACUGGAACCCAAAAGGGUAACAUUCAAUGCACUUCCUUUCUGUAUGUAUAUCCUGACACAGCCGGGAUCAGGAGCAGAGCAUGGGCAGCUUUCUGUGGAGUUGAGGGCUGGAUGGAGGCACUGGCUUGGGACCACGUCAACGAACGAAACAGUCUUCGGUGGCAGCUGCAUGAGCCGUUCUCCUGCUGGGGCGGCGGCUUCUGCUUCUGCUGUGGCCCCCAUCCCAUUGGAAAGAAAUAACAUGUACGUCUUCUGUAGGCAGAAGAAGUGAGGCCUUUGUGCCACUCCCAAAGUCAUCCAGCUUUGCAGGGAUGGGUGGGUAAUUAUUAUUAUUUUCUAAAUCAGUUGGGCGUGUUUUUUUUAAUUAACAGCAAAAAGCUUUUCUUUGCAGCUUUCCAAUAAACCCAUUAAAAUAUG